ACCACAUAUGAAAGACUUGUUGCAUUAAUUGGCCUAAACGCUGAGGGGGUGGGAGCGCAGAAUGCAAAGAGCUGAGCCAGCAGUCCACUAACUCUCUGCGAAAUGCAUGUGAAAUGCAACGUCCCUCCAAUUGCGCAUUUCUUUAAAGCUCACUUGUAGAUCUGCGCUCAGAUUGCGGGGAAACAGUCGGAUGGCUGCUCCUGGAGGCGCAUUCUCUGCAGCGCUUAGGCGGUCACAAGACUCGGGCAUCGGUGAGCAAAAACAUCGAGACGCUGACAGGUCAGCUAGAAGCUUACAGGCCCUCAGAUUCUUCCCUUCUCCGCAUCCGACAUCCAACAAGUUGCUCCUUUUGGGGAACUACGUGCGCGCUGCGGUGCCAUCGCUUCUGUCGCGUGUUUUUUUUCUUUUCUUUUUUCUUCUUCUUCUUGUUUUUUUAAUGGAAAUCUCACCGAGGCUCCUUUUUUAGAUCUUAACCAGCUUCUCUGUGCGUAAAAGGGUCGUUUUUAUCUGGAGCUGAAUGGUGUUUAAAAACUAGAACUGGUCAUGUGUCGGUGCGUAAAGGAGUGGCGCACGACGGAGUGACCGAGUGCCACUGGAGGAAAUUCCACCAAAGAUGUCAACAUUGCUUUACCACCCACUCGAAAUCGAUUGUAUUACCUUCAAGAAGGUGGCUCCUCGUAUAAAUAGGAACGCAUUAUUUCAAGAAAGACGCAAGUGAGCACAAUCUGCGGACUGUUCUCUCUCUCUCUCUCUCGCUCUCUCUCUCUCGUUCGUUCUUUCUCUCUAUUUCAUCGACGCCUGGAAGAAUUUACUGAAGACAACUGUGUCCACUGUGCAGGACAUAAGCAUCUUUAACUCCCAAACUAACAGUGAAGUCAUGCAGGUGGAGAGGAAAUGGCACAUACUGUUGACUAUCUUCUUUCUGCUCGUCACCUCGGGUCAGUGCAUGGACAGCAAGGAGGUCAAGCAGAAAGAGAGAAGGACCCUGUUGGAUCUAAUCUUGCAGGUUAUCAGAGACAGCCAGCAGCGGGACAAACCCGUCUCCAAGCGCUGCAGCAGUGGACUCUUCAGCUCAGCCCAAGACAUGAAGUUCUCCUCCCGCGAAAAGCCUUUCUAUGCCCCUAGGCUGGAUAACAGUAGACUCAUAGAAAUUGUUCCUAGAGAUGCAAACAUGAAAGACAAAUUCAUUCAGCAUUUCGGAGCAGGACAAGUCAAGUUCUCGUCGGAGUGCAAAACACACUUUCAUAGACUUUAUCACAACACAAGGGACUGCUCAAGACCAGCAUAUUACAAAAGAUGUGCGAGAUUGCUAACGCGGUUAGCGAUGAGUCCACUCUGCAUGCAAUCGUAGAUGCUGCAUGCCCUUAACAUAACAGAAGAGGGAUCAAAGCGUUGCCAAGAAAGUGCCUUCAAACCCACAGCAGUCGUGAGAACAUUGUUGUGUUCAUAGCGUUUCUGUUUUAUUUCUGGAAAGACACACACGGACAUUUGUUGGUCGCUGUUGAGCGGAUUUAUUUUUUUUGCUUUUUAUCUCACUGUACUUGUAUGUACCAUAUAUUUGUAAGGAAAUAUUAAUUUAAUAUUAAAUGCACCUAUUUAUUGAAAGGGUAUGUAUAUAAUAAUUUCACAGUUCAUUCGAAAAUCCGAUUAUUUUGGUUAUAAAAGUUCUAUACGACGGAGAGGAGGCUUUGUUUUUGUGUUUUUCUCUCCUCCUUACAUAUGAAUUCCUCCUCCUCCACUAUUAUGCUGAUAUUACGCGCCGUCAUUGUCUUCAUUACAUUUUAUUUGGCACUUGAGUGAUUGCUGACAAUGAGAACAUGUGGAAUAACAACAGUGGUGAUGAUGCACUGCAAGUAUUGAACAAUAAAGAAUAUUGAAGCACA